AAACACAUAAGUAUACACUCUUUAAAUUACUCAAUACAUUAUUUUACUUUUAGGUAUAAUCUCCAACGCACAGCGUCUUGGGGAUACUUGCGCAAUGGUAGCUUCGAUGGGUUAGUAGGUGCUUUACAGAGGAAGGAGUCUGAUAUUGGAGGAACAUCUGUUUUCUUUAGAAAGGAUAGAUCUGAAGUUAUUGACUAUGUUGCUGAAACUUGGGGAAGCAGAAUUUGCUUCAUUUUCCGCCACCCUAAGCAUCCGGGCGGUAGUUUUGCGAUUUACGCUCGACCUCUUGUUAACGCGGUCUGGUAUAGCACGCUUGGACUAUUACUACUCAUUGCGACUUUCCUCUAUAGUCUCCUUAAACUAAAUACAAUUUUAAGACCAGGAGGUUCGGAGGAUACUACACCAUCGCUCACGGCUUUAUUUGUGUUUAGUGCUUUAGGACAGCAAGGAAUGUCAAUACAUAGAGGAUCAACAGCGGUGAAGAUUACGAUUUUUAUAACCUUUAUGUUCACUUUGACAUUGUAUCAGUACUACAAUGCUAUGCUUGUGUCAACUUUGUUGCGUGAACCUCCUAAAACAAUUCGUACUCUAACAGACCUAUUAAACAGCAACCUAAAGAUAGGUGUGGAAGAUGUAGUCUACAAUAGAGAUUAUCUCAAGCGCACAACCGAUCCCGUAGCAAAAGCUCUGUAUCGUCAGAAAGUAGUGACUGCAAGAGAAAACAAUUUUUAUCCACCCAUAAAAGGCAUGGAACUAGUUAAGUCAGGAGGCUUUGCUUUCCACGUCGACACGAUUAUUUCGUACCCCAUAAUGCGGUGGUCGUUUACGGAGUCCGAGAUUUGUGAGGUCCAAGAAGUUUACAUGAUACCUCCGCAAAAGAUGGGGGUUAUACUGCAAAAGCGAUCACCUUAUAAGGAACACGUUAGACUUGGAAUAAGGAAAAUGUUGGAAACUGGAGUGAUGAGCAGAUUGAAGGCAAUAUGGGACGAAGCAAAGCCUCCCUGUAUUCGCACACCUGGCACUCGCGCUUUUUCAGUCAACAUACAAGAGUUCUCUACUGCACUUAUUCUGCUUGGUAUCGGACAUAUUCUUGCUCUUACUGUAUUAGUUAUUGAGAAUAUUGUUUUUAGAGUUAACAAACAUUCUAAAUAUAUUUAACAAAUACACCUGAAUUUCUCUUAAAAAUAAAAUUAAUAGAUAUAUGUCUAAAGCUACAAAAUUAAUUCCAGCUUUCCAAAAUCUCGCAAUAAGUUAUCAUUUAUCGGUUUUAAGAUCACAUUUUUAUAGUUGGUACCAAUUCUAUUAGCUAGCAGUUAUGCAAGAACGCGUUAAAAGCAUACAAAGAUCUCUUACUCGAUACCUAGCUUUCACUAGCAGAGGAUUUAUAUCCAUAACAUCAGCGACUUAUAGGUUAAGUACGAUAACACUGUAUAAUCGGAGAUCUUUAGUCGUUGUUACCUUGUAUAAAUUGCUGAAUAAUCAAAUACAGAGCAGUGACCUCUAUAUUAAAAUUGUUGUCCCUUACUCAAAAAUCCACUCUGAAAAAACCAACCUAGGGGUUUAGGCAAGUCUCUUUCGAAUUCUUCUUGAUUUUAACGGAUUGAACAGUGUUUAUUCGGAGCUGGAUAUAUUCGGUCUUAGAGAAAGCAUUAUUGGGUGCCUAUCUCGAACCAAAUUCGCUGUUUUGCUGAAAAUAUUUUUUCUGCUUAACCAAAGAAAUUUUGGUAUUUUUAUUGUAUGCUUAUUUUAUCUUGUAUAUAUUUUUGAAUAUUUUUUUUUCUUAAUACUUAUAUUCUCAUACAUUUUAUAUAAAGGAAUUAGAAAAAGAGAUUGUUUCUAAAAUAUUCCGUAGAUUUAGUUUACUAUGUAUGAUGGAGGAACAGAAAAGGUUGACAAGAAACUUCUUGACUGGUGCCCAAGGUAGAAUAAACGCAAAGGAGGAAGACUACUUAGAAGGUACAACAGAGAACACACACAGAUCGGCAGAGUGGCACAGUGUAGACAAAAAUUGUGGAAUUUGGUGUAAGCCUUUGACAAAAAAGGCCACACAGAUUCAUUUAUUACGCUUAUUAUUAAGUAUAAUAUAUUAUGUUGUAUUUGCCUAUGUAUUUGUAAAGUAAGUGAAUUCAAGUAAAUAUGCAUAUUCUUUUGUCUAGCUAAAAAUAAUGUAAUAAAAUAGAAUUUAGAGA